AUGAAAUAUUUCACACGGAUAAUUUCCCAUCAUCCGUAUAUAAUUGCAUUUACAAGUUUUUUAUUUUCAUUAUAUUGCGUAUAUUCGUCAAUUUAUGUAAUUCCUGUGCCAAAUUUUUCAGAUCCACAAUUGGGAUUUGAAACUCGAGGUACAACUUUAUCAAAUCGAUACGUAACAUGGACAAAUUUAUUAAAAGAAUUAAAACCUUCUGGUUUAUUAAAACAGUUCCCAAAAAUAAAUCAACAAAUUAUUCCAAAUGCUUUAAACAGAAAUACGAAAAAUCGUAAUAAACGGAAUUUGCGUCAAGAAAAACCAUAUUUUUGUGGAAAUCCAGGACCGGAUUAUUCAAAAUUCAUAGUGAAAUCGAGCACAAAUUCAAAUAUAUUUAAUUUUAAAAAUGUACAAUGGUUGUGCAAACUGCAAACGUUAAUUAUGGAAAAUAAUGUUACGAAAACAGUUUGUGAAACAAGAUCCCGAAAUGAUUUCGAAUGUUGUCGCCCUUGGUCCAUAGAUAAUUAUGUUGCCUUAUUUAAUAAUCGAAGUUCAUGCAGUGAUAUCAUGCCACGGGAUAUAAAAAAUAUAACAAAUAUGUUGAAAAAAUGUCAGAAAUAUGUCCAUAAAAAACAUUUACGUCCACAUUGUUACGAGAGUCGUAAAUGUGAAUCGUUUAUUCCACACGAAUGUAUCCAGAACAACAUCGCUUUCAACAUUUUCUUUUAUUUAAUGGACAAACAGUUUUUACAAGGAAAUGAUCGAACAAAUUACAUCGAUUUUACUUCGAUUUAUCUACCGAUUGCAAAAAGUGAAGGUGUUUUAGAUUUCUUUUAUGAUUUAAAAAAUCGUGGUUUUCAAUAUUUUGAUAAACUUGAAAUCGUUGCGAUUGAUUUUGGUUUAAAAGAUAAGUUAUUUGAUGAAUCUGUCCUAAAUGACAUAAAAUACGUGAUUGGUGGAGUAAUAUUCGUACUAGCUUCCAUUUGGCUUUACACGGAAUCGUUAUGUAUAACAGUUAUCGUUAUUUAUUCGAUAAUCGCAUCUUUAAGUAUCGCCUAUUACAUUUAUCAUGAAAUAUUUUUAUUAUCGUUUUUUCCAUUCAUGAAUAUCCUCGCUGUUGUGGUUUCAAUAGGUAUUGGAGCAGAUGACGCAUUUGUGUUUUGUAAAUUUUGGAAUGCACCAGAAUAUAUUCAUAUUUCAAUUGAAUGUAAACUAUUCCGAACAUUUCAACAUGCUAUUGUUUCGAUAUUUCUAACAUCGUUAACCACUGCCAUUGCAUUCUACUCUUCGAUGUUUAGUUCAAUCACUGCCAUACGAUUGUUUAGUAUAUUUUCUGGUACAAUCGUUGUAGUAAAUUUUCUAAUAAUGAUCACAUUUUUCCCAGCAUGCGUUGUAAUAUUACAACAGUUCAAAUUAAUCUGCAAUCAUAAUCGUUAUGUAAAUUUACAUAAAAAGUUUAUACGUUUCUAUCAUUGGCAUCAAAUCUAUCAAAACUGUUACACGAAUUUCGAACAACUAAUCGUUCUAUGUAUCAUGAAACUACGUUGGUUUUGGUUUACUAUCCUCACAUUGUUGGCUGCUUACGCAUCGUUUGUAAUCUGGUUCUACGGCGAUCAAUAUUUACCAAAUCAACGUGAUUUUCAAUGGUUUCGCAAUUCGCAUAUUUUUGAACAAUACGAUUUUAAUUACAAGGACCGAUUUUUAUCAGAAAUGGAACUUAUGGAUGUGUACAAAAUGCCGAUACGAUUCGUUUGGGGUUUGCAUCCAAACGACAAUGGUAACUACAUGGAUCCAUAUUCCUUAGGUCAUCUAAGUUUUGAUGAAACUUUUGAUGUAUCCCAUCCGAAUUCUCAAGAAUGGCUGCUCAAUUUUUGUAAGAGCUUAAAAGCUCAACCGUUUUAUUUAUACGAAACUGGUCCACAAUUCUUAAAUUGUUUCCUAGAAGGUUUUAUAAAAUGGAUGAAGCGUCGCUGUACGGAUCCAAUCGAGAAAACCGAUUUAACACCAUGUUGCAGAGAGGAGACAUUCCCAUUUAAACGAUCCAUUUUUAAUAAAUGUAUUAUCGAUUACAUGGAUGAGUUAUCGCAAACCCCUUCCACAUAUUUUGCACCAAAUGAUGCUGGUCCAAAAUUUAUUAAAUCGAGUAUCGCAGUUUUGAUUGUCGAAUUUUCUAGUAAUUAUUCAUAUACGUAUUCGUACUACGAAAUGCAUCAGUUUAUCUCGUCCGUCGAAAAAUGGAUGCAAGAACAAUUAACAACCGCUCCGAGUACCAUGAAAAAUGGUUGGUUUGUUACCGAUUACGAUUUUUAUGACUUACAAAAAUCGUUAGUUAACGAUACUUACAUAGCAAUGAUUUUCUCUCUUGCUUUUUCAUUUAUCAUUUUAAUCGUGGUUACCGGAAACUAUUUGGUUAGUAUUUUUGCAUCGUUUACCGUUCUAGUUAUCUUACAGUUAAUAAUCGCAACCCUAAUUUUAUUGGGGUGGCGAUUAAAUAUCUUGGAAUCGAUUGCCCUAACAAGUUCAAUCGGUUUAACCGUCGAUUUUAGCUUGCAUUAUAGUAUUGGGUUUGUUUUGAAUAAUAAGAAAUACACGAAUACGGAUCGAUAUAAGUCUACAAAGUUUACGCUCUUCCAAAUGGUGGGACCUACAACGAUGGCUUGUUUAACGACAGCUUUUGCAGGUCUAUUUAUGUUACCAUCACAGAUCCAACCGUACAUCCAGAUUGGAACUUUCUUAAUAGUUGCCAUGCUAUUCAGUUGGAUCUAUUCGACUUUUUAUUUUUGCUCGUUACUUGCACUUUUUGGACCCAACAAUAAUAAUUACGGAUAUUGUAAUUAUAAGUAUAUUCGAAAUUGUUUAACAGGUCGAAAUUCUAGUACCGACUAUUUACCAGAAGAAAUCCCAUUGAAUUUUCUGGGUAAUAAUUGUUUCAGAAAUCGAUCAUUUAGUGAACCGAAUUUAUAUUGUGGGAUUCCGAUUGAAAAUAAAUUCAAUCCUUAUGGGUCGUUGCCAAUUCUUGUGGAUCGAUUUGAAAGUCGUCAUUAUGGAUUUAAUAAGUGUAAUGAAACCCCACCACAUUUUUACGUGUGACUCAAUUUUUGAGUUGAAAGUUUUCCAAAUCUCAAAUCAGUAUUCCUUUUUUUAUAGUUUCUAGUUUUUACGUAUCCUAUUUUAGAAGAUUUCUUUAAGAUUUUUGUGAUAUUUUUGUAAAAUUUGUACCUCAUAGUUAAAAUAA